AUGCCUCGACCAGCUAAAAGAGGUGCAUCAGGAGCGUCCACACCCCCAUCAUCCUUAUCUUCUUCGCCACCUUCCAAACCUCUGUAUCCCGCUAUAUCCUUCAGAUCAUCUUCACCUUCAUCAUCUGCUAACCAUAAAGAAUCAUCGGUCACGGCUCGAUCUUCAUUAUUGAAUGUUCUCACACGACCUCAUCAUUCUUCCAAUUCCAUCAAAACUAUCCCAUCGAUCAAUCAGGAUAACUCGUCAGAUGAAGAUACAGUCUUAUCUGAUCAAUCAACAAUCUCUUCUUACGCGUCGUCCAUAGUCAGUGGAACAAGUAGUACAUUCACCUCAAAUGAAGAUAUAGCAGAAGUUUACAGGAAUUAUCUCGAGAAACCUUUUGUUAGCACUAAAAGUACAAUCAAGCAUUCUGAAUUUGGUCAUUGUAACAACCCAAACUGGAGAUGGACAAGUCAAUGGAACCCCGAUGAACCAAUUCACCCAAGUGAAGAACCUCAUCCACCUUAUUUCACACUCUUGACCACUUAUAUCAGUUAUAUCCUGUUAAUCGUCAUUGGACAUAUGAGGGAUUUCUUUGGUAAAAGAUUCAAGCCUGCUGAUUACGCUCACUUGAUGCCUCAAAAUGGAUACGCCGCACUCAACUCUGAUUUCGAUUCAUUCUAUACUCGACGACUGAAACAAAGAUUGGAAGACUGUUUCGCCCGACCUACCACUGGUGUACCUGGACGAACGAUCGUAUGCUAUGAUCGAGCUUCCACAAACGAGAACAAAACUUUCAACUUGACAGGGACCACCACGCGAGCAUUAAACGUUUCUUCUUACAAUUACCUCGGAUUCGCUUCUUCCACCGGUGGAUGUGCAGAUGCUGUUGAAGCUUCUCUUAGAAAGUAUGGAGUUUCAGGCGCAGGACCAAGACAUGAUGCUUCAACACUUGACUUACAUCUACAAACUGAAAACCUAGUAGCGAAAUUCAUAGGUCAAGAAUCAGCAAUGGUAGUUUCGAUGGGAUUCGCAACAAACUCAACUACCAUUCCUGCCAUAGUAGGAAAAGGUUGUUUAGUUAUUUCUGACGAGUUCAAUCAUUCCUCCAUUCGAUUUGGUGUCAGAUUGUCUGGUGCAAGCUUGAGGUCUUUCAAGCAUAACGAUGUCGACGCUUUAGAAAAACUGUUGAGAGAAGUGAUCUCUCAAGGUCAACCUAGAACUCACAGACCAUGGAAAAAGAUCUUGGUUAUUGUAGAAGGUCUAUACUCUAUGGAAGGUAGUUUGGUCAAUUUACCUGUUCUACUUGAACUCAAAAAGCGAUACAAGUUCUACCUCUACGUCGAUGAAGCUCACUCCAUCGGUGCUUUGGGUCCUAAUGGACGAGGAGUAUGCGACUACUUUGGCGUUGAUCCUCGAGAAGUUGACAUAUUAAUGGGAACAUUUACGAAAUCAUUCGGUGCAGCAGGUGGAUACAUUGCAGGAUCAAAAGCAUUAAUAGACAGACUAAGACUUCGUUCACACGCUACUUGUUAUGCUGAGAGCGUUUCACCACCUAUCUUAACCCAAAUCAUAGCGUCAAUGGGUUCGAUCAUGGGAGUUGCACCACCUUUAGCUACACCACCAACGGAAGAUGAUAGAUCAGAUUCAUUAUCAAUCACGUCGACGAAAUCUAGACCAACUGUAUAUGGACCUGCACCUACAUACAUCCUACCUUCUUGGAUGAAACUACCAUUGAACCUCUUGAACGGAACUGAAGGUAGAGAAAGGUUAAGACGAUUAGCAUUCAAUUCAAGAUACUUGUCAAGCGGUUUGAGAAAAUUAGGUUUCAUCGUUUAUGGUCAUCGAGAUUCACCUAUCAUCCCUUUGUUGAUCUACAACCCAGGUAAAAUGCCUUGGUUUUCUCAAUUGAUGUUAGAUAGAUUAGGUCCAGAUAGGACCCCUAUCGUGGUCGUCGUCGUCGCCUACCCAGCAACUCCAUUGAUUACCUCUAGAGUCAGAUUCUGUUUAUCAGCUUCACACACCAAAAACGAUAUCGAUUUAAUCUUGCGAGCAUGUGACGAAGUUGGUGAUUUAUUAGGUUUGAAAUAUGGUACCCAAACCAUGAACGUCGAGGAAGUAAUUGCAAGUGCAGAGGAAUUAGUUUCUGCCCAAUUCUAA